CCCCGUUCCUUCUCCUAAGUCACACUUUCGUGAAGUACAAAUUAUUCUUAGGUGUACCCUUUUAGUCAAGCAAAGCACUCAUACCCCUGUUUAUAGAAAAUUAACUUCAUUAUCUACUCAUGGCCUAACUAACUAACCCUUCCUGUUGUCUGGUGAAUGGACAGGUCGUGUACUAGCGUAUAUUCUGUGGUAAGCAACCCUGGCAGCUGACGGCGAAAACGUCAAAUAUAAUAUAAACAAUGAUUAUCAUUGGAAUUGGGAAUUCUAUAAUUUAAAUGUAUUAUCUUGAUUGUUUUGUUUUUCUUGACAAUAGAUAUUCUAUAUUUUGAAUGAUUGUGGACUUGUACAUUGAUAACUUUUAUGAGAUUUUUUAAUUAAUUGUUUUAUAUUUGUCAAGAAAAUGAUUUCUUUUCAUCGGCUUUAUCAUGUUUCUUGCGUAGCUCUCAAUUUGAAGAAGCAAGGUUUAAAACUAUGUAAAAUGGUGAAUCCCAAGAAUAAAAGGCAAUGGCAUCCAACGCAACAAUUCUUCGAGAAUACUCUGCCAACUGUAAAAAGUCUGACGCUGCAGAAACACGAGCCUGGGAAGCGUGGAAUGCGGCGCACAGCUAUGCUGAACAAGAUGUUUAUGAAACAGAUAACUGACAUGAUGUCUACUGGAACGGCUGCUUUGGAUGUAGUGGGACGAGGGAUUGAAAUAUCAAGAGUAAAUGUGACUCCAGAUAUGAACACAGUGAAUGUCUUUUGGGUGUGCAAAGGCAAUGCUUCAGAUGCUGAAACUGAGAAGAUAUUGAACAAAGUAGCUGGUGGACUGAGGCGUGAGCUAUCCACCCUCAGGGUCAUGGGAGAAGUACCUUACAUAGUGUUUGUUAAAGAUAAGCAAGAAGCUCACCUAGUUGACUUGGACCGUCGUUUGGCAAUAGCUGACUAUGGUGAGGACUAUGCUCCUUCUGACAUAGGACAGUUGCUAAAGUCUGAAUUCACUCUAAAUACCAAACUAUCACCAGAGGUGAAGGCUAAAAUAAAGCAACUAGAAAAUGAUUUGCCAGUUUAUGAAGAACCAUUGCCAGAAAUGACUCACAGUAUAUUUGGGUUGGACCAUGCAAAGAUAAUGAGCCGGCUACUGGCUGCUAGGAAGAAAAGCAGUGAUGCUUGGAGCACUCUCAACACAGAAUCUAACGUCAUAUCCUACAGAGCAAGUCAUAAUAAAGUCCCUGAUGUUGUUGGCAACCAGAGAAAGGAGCUGGCUGAAUUCUUACUCCAGAGACAGAUUAUGCAAAAGAAACUUUCAAAGCGAAACAAAGAGUCUCAGGAGGCGUGGCUGCUGACGGAGAGGGAAGAGGAGGAUGGGGAGGACGCAGACGAAGAUGAUGAAUACGAAGAAGAUGAAGAUGACUAUAACUACUACACGGGGUACGGUGAAAUACCAGAACCCACCAGUGAAGUCAAAGACACUAAGUUGUAGUUGUAGUUAUUGUUAGUAGGCCAAAUAAAUUAUUUUACUUAGUUUAU